GAAGCACAACGAACAGAUAGAGACACUAGCUAACAUCCACCCCACACAUCUCUACCUUCAGUCCUCUGUGCAUACAUUGGAAGAUUUUAAAAGGUUGUUUUUGGGGUUGUUUUUAGGUCAUACCCUGUCUGUAGUGUAGUGUCGUUUUUUUGAGUCAUUACAUUUUUCGGGAAUUUUUUAACCUAUUUGGCCCUGUAGUUCUGUAUUUUCUGUGUAUUUUGGGAAUCCAUUCCGUCUCGUGUGUUGUGAAAGGUUUCGACCAUGUCGACCGCUGUGGAGGCAACCGGAUUCUUCAUGUGUAUCGCCAGCUGGCUGAUCACUGGUACGGCUCUCGCCAACGACUACUGGAAGGUGUCCUCCGUCUCUGGCAGCGUCAUCAUCUCCACCCGACAGUAUGAGAACCUGUGGCACUCCUGUGCCGAAGACAGCUCUGGAAUCGCUGAGUGCCGCGACUUUGAGUCCCUGCUCGGCCUGCCCGGCCAUGUACAGGCGAGCCGUGCCCUGAUGAUCAUCAGUCUGCUCUUAGGGCUGGUGUCUAUGAUCGUGUCUCUGCUGGGGCUAAAGUGCAUUAAGAUUGGCAGUGCCACGGAGCAGACAAAGGCCAAGAUUGCCGUCACUGGUGGAGGCAUCUUUAUCCUCGCUGGUCUCUGCGAGCUGAUCUGCUGUUCUUGGUACGCCACCCGAGUUGUACAGGACUUUAACAACCCAUUCUUUGGUGGGGUGAAGUUUGAGUUGGGCACUGGUCUCUUCCUGGGCUGGGGCGCAGCCUGUCUGUCCAUGCUGGGAGGAUCUCUUCUCUGCUGUGCCUGCAAGAGGGCAAAAAGUGAAACGCCUAAAGCAGGGUACUAUGCAUCAAGUCAGCCUAAAACAAUCUACGCACCUGCUGCCAGGUCUGAGCCGGACUCCACCAAAGCCUACGUUUAAGACGUCCCUCCCCUACCACCUCACCUCCCCUCUCCCACUUUUCAACCACCCCAACACCAUUGUUGACGCUCACAUUUAAGAGCACAUAUUUUACUGUUGUUACCCAUGUUUUUGUUUUUCUCUUUCACCAUGAAUUUUGCUAAUUGUUUUGAAGGAUUUUGAGGUUGAUGCAAAAAACCUGCAAUAAUUUGGAGUUGAACUAUUGGUAAUGGGAUCUGUUUGUGUGGAAUUGCUAUCCUCUGAAUAAACAUUCAUUUGAUAUA